AUGUCUCUCUCAACCAUCCCGUUCCCCGCACCUCCUUCUGCAGACGUCCCAGACGUGACCACCCCUACCACACCAGUGCAGGCCACCUUCCUCAAACCAAAGUCCUCUCCGAAGAGAUCUAAGUCUACCACCAACGAACCGAAGCGAUCGAAACGCGUCCGCUUCGUCGACCAACCUACCUUAAUUUAUAUCCCUUCGCCCUCCUCCGCAUUCUCCCCUCUUCUCACUCCUCUCUUCGAGUCUCUCAACUCCAUGCCCGACUCAGAUGCCGAGGACGAUGAAUCCCCGGCCAGCCUCAGCCUCUAUCACUCCAAACUCACACACGCCCGUUCUCCCAUGCACCAGAAGCCUACUCCCUCUAUGCCCUCCAUGUCCAUGCUCAUCCAACGCCCACUUCCCCCUUCCCCGACUCGAUCCGCAUCACCACCCCCGAGCCCCAUUCCACUUCCCCCACCUCUCCCACUCCCACUUCCCAUCACACCCACAGCCUCAUUCCAGUCCGACUAUGAUGGCGAUUCAGACGCAUCGAUCGUCUUCACGCCCGUAUCGUCGAAAUUGGCGCACCUCGCCCCGUUAAUGGCACCCGCCCCACGGCGGACUCGUAUCCUGAGCAUCGGCGAGCUCUCAUUCGCUUCAUCAUCCUCAUCACCAGCAGCAACGCCCCAUUCCAACGAAGUCUCCUCCUUCUCUUCCGUCCUUUCCCCAAGACCCAAGCUGAAGACCGUCCCGAAACCGACAUCGGCAUCGAUGCUCAGUCCGACAAGGAUCCCGCUUCCCCUAAGCCCUCGCGCGGGGACACCUGUACCGCUCUCUCCAGCACCCUUCACGUUCUUGUCUUCGACUCAUCCGCGUCUCCGGAUUGAAACCCUUCAUCUCAACUCUUCCUCUCAUACGCAGCAUCAGCAUCGACCUGCCCAGACUCGCUUACGGCCCAGAGAACGCAAGGUCUCGGGAACCUCGCCGAACGCUAUUUCUCGACAUAAACUCCAUGGGUAUGGGCAGAAAGCCGGUUCUGCGUUGAGUUCGAGCAAGAGGGUUAGAAGGACGAGUGGGGAAGGGAUGAAUGUUGUGAAGAGGAAUGGAGUGGGGAGGCAGAGGGGCGGUAUUCCGAGUUGGGAGAUGGUGGGGCAGGAAGAAGAGAAGGGUAUGGGGCGUAUUGCGGAGGAAAGGGAACGGAGGGAGAUGGACGAGGGGACGGAUUUGAUGUCGGUGGAGGAGGAGGUACCCGGAGGACCGAAAGCAAGGAGCGAAUCCGCUGCUGAUACCGAUUUCGUUCGCGGGGUGCAGGACGCCACGCGGGAUCUAAACGAGGCCACCGAAGACACAAAUGCGAGGAACGUCGACCCGGAUGUCGAACCCAGUCGUUCCUUUACCACAUCCACCCUUCCGCCCAAAGCAACCACCGACGACGACUCCAUCAUCUCCUUGACCAACUCCCUCCUCUCCGAGUCUCAGUCACAUUUAUCCUCGCUCGAAGAGAGCUACGAGUCUCUCCUCGAGCUCAAGGACCUGUUCAUCCGCGACCUACGCUUCGAAAUUGACGACCUACGAUCCGAGCUUCAUCUUUCUCAAUUCGAGGAAUCCAAGGGAAGGACGAGGAUCCGAGAGCUCGAAGAUCAGUUAGUCGAUAUGGAGGAGAAGCUGGAGGAACGCGAGGCGAAGGUCUUGGAGAGAGAACGUGAGGUGACGAGGACAGAGGGUGAAGACGAUCGUGUGCAGAUGGAGAUGACCAAGGAGACGGAGGUUAUGGAGAUGAGGGAGACGCUUGAGGGGGCAGAGAGAGUGGCGGUGAUGAAGACGAAUAGGAUUGUCGAGCUCGAGGCGGAACUCCAGAAGUCGAACCAGGUCGUGACGAAAUCGCAGUUGGAGGUUCGGAGCCUGGAGGUUGAGAGGGGACAACUACAGGUCGAGAUCGGAAGGCUGCACGACGAGCUUGAGAGCACUUCCCGAGCCCAGGAGAAGUUGAAGGAUGACCUGGACCAGAGGAAGAUGCAGGGCGAUCAUGCGAAGAGGACGCUAGGGAUGAUGGAGGGUGGCGUUCGGAGGAUUGAAGGCGAGAUUCGAGCCUUGUUGGAGCUGGUCGAGAGGCGAGGGGAGGAGGAAGAGAGUGCUAUUAUAGUUGAAGAAGAGGAUAGUGUCGCAGAGAGUGACGAGGAAGGUUCGGUGGAUACCCUUGUCACCGCUCACGAAACACCCUCCUGGGCCACGGUCACUCCGCCGGUCGAGAACACCGAUUUGAAGUACUUCCACCAAGACGAGCCCGAGGUCCCGAGACCCAUACAAGACAUACAAGAAUCAAGCUACGACGAGAGGAUCCGAGCGCUGGAAGCUCGAUUGGACGGGAUGAGGCUUCGGUACGAGGCGGCGGAAGCAUCAACGGUAUGUGGCCACGAUGUUGAUCGUCUAUUGAGGACACAGCUGGGAAGUUUGGAGGAAGAGAAUGGAGAGCUCAGGGAAAGAAUUAUGGAGUGGGAAGGAAGAGUGGGAAGUGAGGCGGAGGGUGAGAGUUCGACGGAGGUGUACGGUAUGCCGGGUUCCGAUUUCGAGGGCUCAGAGGAGCGCUGGCCAGACGAUGUCCCCCUCACCAUGGGCGUUGACUCGGACCUGGAGCCGGAACCCUCGUUUACGCAGGCGAUGGAGAAGGAAAUGUUGACGGCCAGUUCGUUGCCCUCCUCCCCGACGGACGAGACAUCGAAUGGUGUCGCCACAAGGGUGGCACCGAGGCCGGUCUCGUGGAUAUACGAUACGCUGGAUGAUGAUGGACUCGCUAGCAGCGAUGAGCUCUCGAAACGGACUGACUUCGGGGCUCUGAAGAGUGCCAGAAAGACCUGGCUGUUAGACGAGGAGCUGCCGGAGGGCGGGGCUCAUGCGAGUGACUUCGAGGACUUGUCCUCCUCGAUACUUCGGCUGCGGUCGCCACAUCCCUCGAAGGGAUUGCGGGGACGUUCUGGGCCGCGUUCGAAGAUGUAGAUCCGGUAGAAUAGAUUUUGUAUCGUGGUCGACGUCAGAGCCCUGCAUAUUAUUUUCCUUCAUCCAUGUCUGCGGUCGAUGUGGCCCGUGGCACGGCACCAAAUUGGCACGGU